CAGUUAAGCUUUAUAUAUUUACAAUACACCACUGCGAUGGUGACAAAAUGGCGUGAACUUAACUUAAUUUAUAUAGUGAGAAAUAACUGAGAAUUGUUCUGAAGAUAUGAUGGAAACUAACUGAAAAGCAACAUGAAUUUGUGGAUUGGAAGUACGUUACUGUUGUUAAGUUGGUCUUCGAAUCUGACUGGAGGAGCACAUUAUAACGACCAGUUAAACCUUCUAAAUGACCUCUUUAACUCCAGUAGAUAUGAUCGUCGUCUACGACCAGUGCUAUAUACUAAUACGCCGAUAGAAUUGUCUGCAGAUGUAGCGUAUGGUAGCAUUGUGGAAAUUUACGAAGAAUCACAGACCGCCAAGUUAGAUUUGUGGUUGACGAUGCAAUGGAAGGAUUCGUUACUGACGUGGAACAGUUCAAACUAUGGUGGGUUAUCCAAGCUUAAUCUACGAUUGUCCGAUGUGUGGUAUCCAGAUAUGAGUGUACACUUUGUUGUUGGGGAUCCUAAGAUAGCCACGGAUGAUACACACGUCACAUUAUCAUCUGAUGGCAGUUUGGAAGUUUUAUUGUUGACUGAUAUUACAUUUCGUUGCCUUUUAACAAUCUCGAAAUUUCCCUUCGAUGAACAAAACUGUACGUUUUUCUUAUUUGCUGAAAAUACUUUAAAAGCAGAUGUCUAUUUUAAAAAUACAUCUAUGAGUGCUAGAGAAAUGGGUAGCGGUCAGUGGCAUAUAACGUCAGCAGAAACAAGAAAACUGGAAAUAUCUAACAUUGCCUUUCUCCAGGUGGACUUUAUGGUUAAACGCCGUCCCGCUUUUUACGUUAUUUAUGUUUUGAUCCCAAUGAUUGCUACAGCUGUGAUUAAUCCUGUUGUGUUUCUCAUUCCACCAGGAUCAGGUGAAAAGGUAUCUACCGCGGUCACUAUACUGCUGUCGUAUUCUGUUUUUCUCAGCGUCAUCAGCAAUGUUUUGCCACGAACUUCAACGUCAAUCUCAAUUGUUUCUAUUUUUGUUGUUUCUACGCAAGUAGUAAGUGGUAUUUUUACUUUUUUGUGUGUCCUCCAUGUACGGUUAUUCAAUUCCUGUCACGUACCUCGGCUUCUGUUUUUUUGGAUCAGUAAACACAAUUCAGUCGGAAACGAUCCAUCUAGAAAAGAGUCUUGUGAAGGUCUUGUUGAUAAAAUAGACCGAACUUUGUUUAAAAUCUUUUUUACAUUAGUGAUUGUUGCAUCCACUAGUAUGGUUAUAUAUCUUGUGUCGUAAUUUUAAUUAUCGUCGCGGAAUUACGCUUUUACUUUGCAAGCAACUUAACCUGGACG